AUGUACAUUCACCGCGUAGGACGUACUGCUCGUGCUGGCCGAGCUGGGAAAUCAAUAUUGGUGACAACUCAAUACGAUGUGGAAUUCAUACAGCGAUUAGAAAAGGUUCUCAACCGUCAACUGGAUCUUUAUCCCCACGACGAAGCUGAGUUGGAGAUCCUCCGAGACCGAGUGGACGAGGCGGGACGGGUAGCCACGAACCAAAUACAAGAGGAGGAUGCUGGAAAGGGCCAGAAAGGGAGGCAAAAGCAUCGACAUAACGCUGUCGCCCGCGACAACCGGGAUAGAGAUGACGACGAGAAAGACGAGCUAAGGCUACCCAAGUACUCUUUCAAAAAGAGUCGUCGUUCUUGA